AUGAAAGCUUCCAUCAUUAUCCUAGCAAUUACUCUAACUUCUGCUGUCAAUGCUUUGGUCUUCAAUGAAGACAUUUACAGAUUACAUUAGGAAGAGUUGUUAGAAUAAUAUUAUCUGAAUCACAAAAAUGAUAGAAAUGGGCUAAUCGCUAACAAAUUGAAACCUCAAUAGAAGAUACCACCUGAAUUUCUCUAACCAAUAGGAGCUUGUGGAAUGUUUAACCCCCCACCUCAUUGCAGAGAAGCUCACUAAAUAAAAAACGACAAUGCCAGGUUUGGUUAUCGCUCUGCCUUGUAACCUAAUAAAUUCAAUACUCCAAAAGUUUAAGGAGUUGAAGAUUUCAAUUCAUUCUCAUUCAGAUGUUAAUAAUUCGGAGAAUGUCAUUCAUUAGGUUUUAACCCCGAUUAAUAAAUUCCAGCAGAUCUGAAAGAUCUUAUAAUUCAAUUAAAGAAAAGUUAGAUGUGA